AUUACUUAUAAACAGAAGAUUAUUAAAACCAAACAUCGCAGCGAGUAAUUCGUGAUUCUUCUAGAAACCGGAAGAAUGGGUUGGGUGUGGAGAGACGAGGACGACGCAGACUAUUCCGUUAACUCUACGAACGGUGGAGGUGAUUAUUCCGUUAACUCAUCGAACGGUGGAGGUUGCGCCACGAGGACGGUGGUGAGAUCGCAGUGCAGAACCGAAGAAGUGGAACCUGGAAAGUUCGUUAGAAAGUGCGAGAAAACCGAAGAGGUUCUGAGGAACUGCAUCGGAAAGCCUGUGGAAGUGAUUAAAUCCAACAAAGAGUACACUGAAGAUGAUGUCACAGAGCAGGUGAUGAGAGGGUCUUACCCCUCUGGAUCACUUGAUGCGCCAUUCGAUUUUCCUGGGCUACGCAAUGAUAUUGACUCAAUUGAACAUCACUUCUUUGGUGGGAUCAGCCGCUUUUUUGAAGCAGCUGAAGAUAUGAAGAACCACAUCUUUGAUGCAUUCGGGUAUGACAGUCAAUCUCCACCCUCACCAUAUACUAGGCGAGGGGUGCCAUUUGAAGGCAAUCAAUCUCCAUCCUCACCAUAUAUCAGGCGAGGGGUACCGAUUGAAGGCAGACCUGAGAUGGAAGCCUCUCCUAAACUGAAUCAGCCGGACUCCAAACCUGAAAAUUUUGAUUUCUCUAGUUUAGCUAAAGAUGUUUGAACGUUAUCAUCGACCUUUGAUGUGCCUUCUUUCUUCUUCGGAGUACGGAAAUAUAUUUUAGUCAGCUGUUGUGAUGGUGUUUUCGCUUCAUGUGCAGAAUAGUGACUAGUUAAUGAUAAUAGUAGAUUCAUUUUCUGGGUUUUAUAAUCUUGAUUCAUACAGGCACAUCAAAUCCAUCCUUCUAAUCUAUUAUUUUUAUGGUUA